CGACGGGCUCUUCCUUGAUAUCACUUCACUGUCAGACUCCCCUCAGUGUGUCGGGACGUCGCCGCUGAAAGGGGCCAUGGCAUUCAAGGUGGUCCUGAACGGGCCAGCCCCCUGGGGCUUCCGUCUGGUCGGUGGCAAAGACUUUGCCCAGCCACUCACCAUCUCCAGGGUCACGCCUGGGAGCAAAGCGUCCGUGGCCAACCUUUGCGCCGGCGACCUGAUCGUGGCCAUUGAGGACUCGUCCGCCGCCGACAUGCUGCACUGCGACGCUCAGAACAAAAUCAAAGAGGCGACCAAUCAGCUCACGCUCACCGUGGAAAGAGGCGAAGCUAAACUGUGGUCGCCGCUGGUGUCGGGAGACGGCAAAGUCAGCCCCUUUAAGGUCAACCUGGAAGCCGAACCGCAGGAGUACAAGGCCAUCGGCACGGCGCACAACCGGCGAGCUCAGCCCUUUGUGGCGGCGGCCAACAUCGACGACACGCGUCAGGUGGUCAGCACCACCUAUAACACACCUAUUGGGCUCUACUCUUCUGGGAACAUCCAGGACGCCAUGGAGGGACAGAUGAAAGGAAUCGUCGCGCCCAAAUCCGAAAGCCCGAGGACGUUGGCUAACAUCGAGGACUCGGACGUCUAUCGCAUGCUGCAGAAGGACCAUGAGGAACCGGGAGAACCUAGACAGUCGGGAUCCUUCAAGGCGCUGCAGGAAUAUGUCGAGAGCGACGGCACUAAGCCGAUAGUGACCAGGACUGUUAAGGCGCCCACCACCAAACCCAGCGCUCCCACCGGAAACCUGCAGAAACUUCCCAUCUGCGACAAGUGUGGAAACGGCAUUGUUGGUACAGUGGUGAAGGCCCGCGACAUGUUCCGCCACCCGACUUGCUUCGUGUGCGCCGACUGCGACGUCAAUCUGAAGCAGAAGGGUUAUUUCUUCGUGGAAGGCCAACUGUACUGCGAGACCCACGCCCGGGCCAGGAGCAGACCCCCACCCGAGAGUCACGACUUGUAGGGAAGGGACUCGCCCACCGAGGGACACCGCCUGGUCACCGCUUUCCUGUCCAGCUAAAUGACAUCACUUCCUGUUCACUAAUGUCCCCAUUUCCAGUUUUUGAUUCAUCAUUGAGCCAAUAAAGACACCUCAGCCUACCAACAA